UUGUAUUCAGUGUGGUUUAAAGAGAGGGGACGAUCAUUUUAGGUGUAUCUGUGAAAUAUAAAGUCAACUUGUUGUGCCAUCAAUAGAAAAUCCCCGUCAUCCUCAGGACUGCACGCGAUCUAGCAUGUUAACUCGGCCCUGGCUAACUCGCGAGGUCAACAAUACUGUUUGACCAAUAGUGGUAUUCUCCAAGUAUAGGCGGAAACCUGAUUUGAGAACGCAUCGAGGCUCGUUAAGAUAUUCGUGUACUAUUGCCAUUUAACUACAUUAGCCUGUGGAACUGCUACUGUUCAUCGUGAUGUUGCAUACCCGCAGCCCCUCUCUCUUAUUGAGCUGAGAUCACCCAAUCCGCACCCCUUGGGUGGUGUAAAUAUCCCAGCCUUCCCUCCAGUUAUCUCCCUCACCCCAUGUCACAUCGCGCUUUGGAUAUGGCAGUUGAGAGUGAGUUUUGCGACUUUAUUGUCGUCGGUGGUGGAGCAGCCGGAUGUGCUCUUGCUAGCGGCUUAGCCAGGAGUAAAUGUCGCCCUCGCGUCUCGCUCCUUGAAGCCGGGAGCGCAAACAGCGACCCAGCUCUCCGCGACCUCAACAACACCUUCACACAAUACAACAGCAACUCCCAAAAUUGGGGGUACAAGAGCGCACCUAUGCCUCAUGUCAAUAACCGCGAGAUCUGCAUGGACACCGGGAAAGGAUUGGGAGGGUCGACAGCCAUCAACUUUGCCUGUUGGGUCCGGGGACCACGCGAAGAAUGGGAUGAAAUAGCGAGAGUAACAGGAGAUGAUUGCUGGAAGUGGGAAAACGUUGAACCCCGGUUUCGAAGACUCGAGAAUUAUCAUCAUCUGAUCAAGCCAGGGGUCGGAGCUGAGCGAUAUUGUAGCCACGGGCCUGACGCAUAUGGUGUCUCCGGGCCCCUUCAUCUUACCAGCCAAACUACGAGAUGGGAUACUGAUAUGAUUCAAACUGCUGACGUGUGGGAGGCUUGUGGGUACCCGUUGAUCACUGAUAUGUCUGUGGGCAAUUAUGUUGGCAUAUUAUUCGGCCCCCUAUCGGGCCACCAAGGCGUUCGGUCUACUGCUGCAGAUCUAUUACGCGGAGCACCUCCUAAUCUUAAGAUUGAAACGGACUCCGUCGUUCGGAAAAUUCUUGUAGCGGACGGAAAGGCGUUCGGAGUUGAGCUAACGAAUGGUAAGGUAUUGAAGUGUGGCAAAGAGGUAAUCUUGUCCGCUGGCACACUCUCCUCUCCUCAGAUUCUAAUGCGAUCUGGCAUCGGCCCUGCGCACCACCUGAUUGAACUUGGAAUUCCUAUUGUCUAUGCGAAUGAAAAUAUUGGGCAGAAUCUGAGAGAUCAUUGCCACGUGCAGAUGCACUUCUCUGUUAAUACCAAUCCCAGAAUACCCCUUUAUGACGGCCCUCCUACAGGCGGAGCUGCAAUGGGAUUUUUGAAGAACCAAUCAGCCUUAUCAAGUCCCGAGUUUCACUCGCUGCAUGAAAGUGAGAGGCAGCGACUCAGCCUCCAAACUGUUCCGACCUUCGAGGUGCACCAUUUCGCACCUGCUGUACGGCUUGAAGGGAUGGGCCCUACAUCAAUGAUGAAUAUCUUCCUAUUGAACGGUCAAGGGCUCGGAGAAGUCAAGCUUCAAUCGCUCGACCCGGAAACGCCGCCGAUAAUACGUCCGAUAUUUUUGGAAUCCGAGUGGGACAAACGUAUUGUCAUUGAAUCUACACAGGAGGCUCUUAGAAUCAUGGAUCAUUCGGCGGCAUCGAAAAGUCGGGAUCCGAAGGCAGUGCACAUAUGUCCCAAAACCAAUAGUGAGGAAGAUAUUCUUGACUUCUGGAGAGAGAAUCUUACAAGCACAUGGCAUAUGACUGGCACGUGUAGAAUCGGCCAUACACAAGACGAAGAUGGUGCUUGCGUAGACCCGGAUUUUAGGGUGUACGGCAUUCAGAACCUCCGAGUGGUAGACUUGAGCGUGCUUCCAUUCCUACCAAGUGUUCAUACGCAAUCUUAUGCCUACCAGGUCGGGAUGAUAGCAGCUGAAAAGCUCGAACGUCAAUAUGGUCUCGGCACGGAUGUUAGUCGUAGUAUGCUAUAAAGAUGGUAGCUGAAUAAUUGGCCCUAAAAAGAUAAUAGGAUUGGUGGUCCUUUCUAAUGACAUUACUACAUGGUUGGAUUGAGAGGAAAA